UUACAAUAUCCCACACUCCUUCUUCUUUCAAAUUCAACCCCUCGAAGAAAUUUAUUCCCUUUCGUUUAACGGUUUCAAAUCUCCGACAUGUCAAACGCCUGUUCAUACCAUCAAAUCCUUCUCUGUUUUUGUCUGAUGUUCUGUUUCUACUUGCCUUGUUGGGUAAAAUCCGAUGAACUCCAAAUAUUACUGAACCUCAAAUCUGCUCUGAAUGAAUCAAGCACCAAUGUUUUUGACUCAUGGGAGUCUGCAAAUUCUGUUUGUAGCUUUAACGGAAUCACUUGCAACGCCCAAGGGUCUGUUAAGGAAAUCGAGCUUUCGAACCAGAACCUGGUGGGCGUUCUUCCUUUGGAUUCGAUAUGUAAGCUUCAAUCCUUGGAUAAGCUCUCCUUGGGAUUCAACUCAUUACACGGAGAAAUCACUGAAGAAUUGGGUAAUUGUUUAAACCUGCAGUAUUUGGAUCUCGGAAACAAUCCCUUCACCGGUUUGUUUCCAGAUAUAUCAUCCCUCGCCAAAUUACAGUCUCUUUACUUGAACGGAAGUGGAUUUUCCGGGAUCUUCCCAUGGAAUUCGCUUCAAAACAUGACGGAUCUUGCUGUGCUAAGCCUCGGGGACACUCCUUUCGAUCGAGCUCCAUUCCCUGAUCAGAUUUUGAAGUUAAAGAAACUGAAUUGGCUUUACUUGGCGAAUUGCAGCAUCGAGGGGAAGAUUCCACCCGCCAUUGGAGACCUCACUGAGCUUAUAGAAUUGGAGCUUCAAUACAAUUAUUUGUCCGGUGAAAUUCCCAUGGAGAUCGGAAAGCUUCACAAGCUAUGGCAGCUUGAGCUUUACAACAAUGAGUUGACCGGAAAACUUCCCGUCGGAUUGCGAAACCUUACGAAGCUCGAAUUUUUCGAUGCCUCUGCGAACAAUCUUGAAGGAGAUAUUGCAGUAGUGGGGUCUAUGAAAAAUCUGAUAAGCCUGCAACUCUUUGAGAACAGGUUUUCCGGCGGAGUGCCGCCGGAGUUGGGCGAGUUCAAGAAACUGGUGAACCUGUCUCUAUACACUAAUUUAUUGACGGGUCCUUUGCCUCAAAAACUCGGUUCUUGGGCUGAAUUCAACUACAUCGAUGUAUCGGAGAAUUUCUUGACCGGACCUAUUCCGCCCGACAUGUGCAAGAAAGGUACCAUGAGAGCUCUUCUUAUGCUUCAGAACAACUUCUCCGGCGAAAUUCCGGCGACUUACGCGAGUUGCACCACUUUGAAGCGGUUCAGAAUCAGUAACAACUCGCUCUCCGGCAUUGUUCCGGCGGGAAUAUGGGGAUUACCGAUAGUGGAUAUAAUUGAUAUUGCGUACAAUCAACUUGAAGGUCCAAUUACAUCUUAUAUCACGAACGCUAAACAAAUGGGGAUAUUAUCGGCUGAAUACAAUCGGUUAUCAGGUGAAUUGCCUGGAGAGAUUUCGGAAGCUAAAUCUUUGGUUAGAAUUGAGCUCAACGACAAUCAAUUUUCCGGGAAAAUCCCACAUGGAAUCGGGGAACUUAAAAUAUUGAGCAACCUUAACUUGCAGAACAACAAGUUGUCCGGUUCAAUACCAGAUUCACUAGGCUCUAGUGUUUCCAUCAGUUGCAUAAACAUGGCUGAUAAUGUUCUUUCUGGCGAAAUCCCAUCAUCUUUAGGAUCUUUGCCAACGUUGAACACUCUGAAUUUUUCCGGAAAUCAACUUUCCGGGAAAAUUCCAGAGAGUUUGUCGUUGCUCAAGCUGAACCUUGUUGAUCUAUCUUAUAAUAAAUUAACCGGUCCUAUACCAAAAUCUUUCUCAAGUGAAGCAUAUAAUGGUAGCUUUACUGGAAAUCCGGGCCUUUGCAGUUCAAGUAUAAGAACUUUCAAGCAAUGUCCAUCAGAUUCUGGCUUGUCUAAAGAUGCUCGAACAAUUAUAUUUUGUGUCGUGCUCGGUGCAACGAUCUUGCUUGCUUGCCUCGGAUUCUUCUUAUAUGUAAGGAGAGUCGAAAAAGAUCACAGACGUUCUUUGAAGGAUGAAUCUUGGAACGUUAAGUCUUUCCAUGUGUUAAGUUUCAGUGAAGAUGAAAUCCUUGAUUCCAUCAAACCAGGCAAUCUGAUUGGAAAAGGAGGAUCGGGGCACGUCUACAAAGUAAUGCUUCCGAAUGGGGUUGAACUCGCCGUGAAGCACAUACGGAAAACCGAUUCUCAUAGUGGCGGAAAGAGCUGGAGUACGUCCUUCAGCAAACAUGCCGGAAAAGAAAAUGAAUUCGAUGCGGAAGUGCGGACGUUGAGCUCAAUAAGACAUGUUAACGUGGUGAAGCUCUACUGCAGCAUCACUAGUGAGGACUCAUGCUUGUUGGUGUACGAGUACUUGCAUAAUGGAAGCUUGUGGGAUCGAUUGCAUACUAGUAACAAAAUGGAGAUUGAUUGGGACACAAGAUACGAGAUUGCGGUUGGAGCAGCAAAGGGACUCGAGUACCUUCAUCACGGAUGUGAAAGGCCGGUGAUCCAUCGCGACGUCAAAUCUAGUAACAUAUUGUUGGAUGAGUUUUUUAAGCCUAGGAUUGCUGAUUUCGGACUUGCCAAGAUCGUUCAGGCCAACGUUGCUAAAGACUCGACUCAUGUCAUUGCUGGUACCCAUGGCUACAUAGCUCCUGAAUAUGGUUUCACGUGCAAGGUGAACGAGAAGAGCGAUGUGUACAGCUUCGGAGUGGUAUUAAUGGAGUUAGUGAGUGGGAAGAGACCGAUUGAACCCGAGUUCAGAGAUAACAAGGAUAUAGUGAGUUGGAUUUGCAGCAAAAUAAACACCAAAGAGAGUGUUUUAAGCAUAGUUGACCCAAGAAUCCCUGAAGUUUUCAGAGAAGAUGUAAUCAAGGUGUUGAGAAUAGCCAUUUUGUGCACUAAUAGACAACCGGCUCAAAGACCAACCAUGAGAACGGUGGUUCAAAUGCUGGAAGAAUCUCAACCAUGCAAAUUGGUCGGAAUCGUUAUCGGUAAACAAGGUGGUGACCGGAAGAUAAAGGAAGCAACGUUGGACUCAACCGAGAAACUCGGCCUACUAGUAUAAAGUCUUGCAAACAUUGUAACAUAUUACGUAAUUUUAUAAGCUUUACUGAUUAGUGGUAAAGUAUUAGCUAAAUAAUGUAUAUGUAUAAUAAGUUUCUUGAUGGAGCCUAACCUCAAAGGGAAA